AUGGACUGUGUGGUCAUAAUUGUGGAGUUCCUUGGACGCCCAGGGCACGGUGGGAUGAACCAGCUCGGCGGUGUCUUCAUUAACGGGCGCCCGUUACCGCACGUGGUGAGACAGCGCAUCGUGGAGCUCGCGCAACGAGGCGUGCGUCCCUGUGAGAUCUCCCGCCGCCUGCGCGUCAGUCACGGCUGUGUCAGCAAGAUACUGACCAGGUACAAUGAGACAGGGAGCAUCAGACCAGGAGUGAUCGGAGGCUCUAAGCCCAAAGUGGCCACUCCCAGAGUUGUGCAAAUGAUCCUGCAUCUGAAACACACCAACCCCACCAUGUUCGCCUGGGAGAUCCGAGACAGGCUGCUGCUAGAGCGAGUGUGCGACCAUGACAGCGUGCCCAGCAUUAGCUCCAUCAACAGGAUCAUCAGAAACAAAGUCCAGUCUGAGUCCUUGUCAUCAGCAUCAUCUGUUACCAUGGGAACAGCCUAUUCCUCUGAAUCCACCUACUCCAUAAGUGGAAUUCUGGGAUUCAGGAAAUGCAGCAAACACAAGGAAGGAGGGGACGUCUCCUGCAGCGUCUACCCCGACCAGCCAUGUUCCUGUAAUGACGCCUGGGGAUGGUCCGACCCCUGUCUGACCUCUUUCUCCAGCCUGACCUUCUACCCUGGCCUGCAAGCUAAUCAUAAUCCAGACUUCUUAGGGUCAACGUGUCAUUUCAGCUGA